GUGGUUUAGGACUAGAUAAUUAUAAAAUGGCGGCACUCAGGCCUCCAUUACUAAAGGACACUUUAUGCUUCAAGUGGAUAAACUGGAGCCGUAGAUCAUAUGCUACAGGGGCUAGUACUAAUAGAGGACCUGUAAGGGGGUUUAGAAAAGGGACAAGGACACAUAAUAAGAAAGAUGAUAAGAAACCAAGGUUUUUUGAACCUUUAAUUAGUUAUAAUAAAAUGAAGCCCCACAAAUUUAAUGAAGGAGUUGAAUGGAGUUCAGUCUGUCAGACAGCAAGACCUUUCGACCCUUAUCUCAUCCCCCUGUCCCUUCGUAUGGGUCGUCCUCCAAAAGGGGAGGUACCCCCUCCUGUUGAGGGAAACCAUGAAUUACUUAAGAUACCAAACUUUUUUCAUUUGACACCUCCUGCUAUCGAGAAACAUUGUGUGGCACUAAAGGAGUUAUGCACAGACUGGCCAAGAGAACUCCCUCGACUUCCUAUCACAGUAUCAUCUAUCAACAAAUUAUCAGCUUCUUCUGACAUACGUGAUGAAUCAUCACGGAUAGUUAAACUCAGGUUUAAAGUCUCAGAUCUUAAACUUCCAGAAAGAGCCAGAACAAAAUUGAUAAAACUAGCCGAUCACAGAUACAACAAGAAAAAUGACAUUGUGACGAUAAUAGGAGAUCGCUGUCCAAUUAGAAAGCAGAAUAGGGAAUACGUUGAGUACAUUAUGAAAGUACUUAUGAUUGAAUCAAUGAAAGAAGAGGAAUGGGAAAAGAAAAAUGAAGAGCCUUGAUAUUUAACUUAGCAAUAGACAGAUAUUCAUUAUAGAUAAAAAUUAAUUAUUAAUUUUGUUAAAUAAUGAUAAAAUGAGUACUGUGAGGAUAAAUUGUCAUGUUAUUACAAAUUUACAAGGUAUUAAAGGCAUGUA